AUGCCGCUACCUGAUCCUCUUGUUCCAGUCGAACGCCUCAUUCAGAACGGUCUUGCGCGCCUACCCGUAUGGCUCAGUCACUGGCUUGGAUAUCGUGGGACGCCGGUAUCUCCCUCGCCGACAUGGAUGAUCUGCGUGUGGGGAUUCAUCGGGGCCUUUGGAGGUGUUAGCACCAUUAUGGCCAUCUUUGGACAUACGGAUUACUUUACGGCCCGCCUUGUGCCACCUAUCGUUGCAUCUUUUGGAGCUUCUGCCAUUCUCUGUUACGGAGCUAUCGACGUUCCUCUCGCACAACCACGCUCGCUCAUCUUUGGCCACUUCUUCAGCGGUUUGACAGGUGUCAUUGUCGCAACGAUCUUCCGCUUCGACCUGGACAAUGACCCAUUCCCACGUUUUCAAUGGCUUGCAGCCAGUCUUUCCACAGCUAUCGCCCUUGUCGUCAUGCACUUGACAAAGACGACUCAUCCGCCUGCUGGAGCGACAGCGCUACUUCCUUGCGUUGAACCUGCUAUCUGGGCACUGAGAUGGUACUUCCUACCUGUUCUUCUACUAUCUUCCGUCAUUGUUCUUGCGAGCGCCCUGCUUGUCAACAACAUUCAGCGACAAUACCCUAAAUUCUGGGUCGCUCAGCUUCCACCGCCACCGCCGCCAUCAAAGCCCAAGGAUGAUCAGCAUCGACAUGUCGAACUGCCGGAGGCGGCAGAACAAAAACGAGUCGGUAGCUCACGAAGUACGCUGAGAGACCUUGAGAGUGGACCUUGA